AUGGCGCCGCGCACAGAGUCCUCCGCGCCUGCAUCUUCGACAUGGACGGCCUCCUCCUCAACACCGAAGACCUCUACACACACUGCACGAACCUCAUCCUCGCAACGCACGGCCGCCCCCAGCUCCCCUGGUCCAUCAAGGCGCGCCUCCAAGGCCGCCCGGGCCCAGCCUCGGCCGCCAUCUUCCACGAGUGGGCCCAGCUCCCCAUCACGCCCGCUGAGUACCUCGCCGCCAACACGGCCCUGCAGCAGCAGCACUUCCCCUCGGCGGCGCCCCUGCCGGGCGUGCCCGCGCUGCUGCGCCCCUCGAGGCCGCGCCGCGCCUGCACACGGCCCUCGCACGUCGUCGCACACGGCCAACUUUGAGCUCAAGACAUCCCACUUGCAGCCCCUCUUCGCCGGCUUUGCGCCGCACCGCCGCGUCCUCGGCGACGACGCCCGCAUCGCCCCCGGCCGCGGCAAGCCCCACCCGGACAUCUUCCUACUGGCCCUCGCGACCAUCAACGCCUCGCUGCCCGACGGCGAGACGCCUGUGACGCCUGACGAGUGUCUCGUCUUUGAGGACUCGGUGCCCGGCGUCGAGGCUGGGCGGCGCGCCGGCAUGCGCGUCAUCUGGUGCCCACAUCCCAUGCUCAAGAAGGAGUACGCAGGCCGCGAGCCCGAGGUGCUGGCCGGGCGGACGGGCGAGGCGGGCGACGUUGACAUGCACCAGGUGGGCGAACUUGACGACGGUUGGGCUGAGUACCUCGAGACGCUCGAGGGGUUCCCCUACGCCAAGUAUGGCAUCGAGGUUGCCAAGUCGAACUGA